CUUUACCAACCGCGCUGACUUGACAACCAAAACAAAAAAUAAAAUGACGGAACAUAAGUAGAGGUUAUUUUUAACCACCCGAAGUUGAAAAGUUAGUUUAUAAAUGAAAACAAAUGGCUUUGCCGCCAGAAAUCGUGGAAAAAAUUUUAAUCAACUGCGAUGGGAGGACUUUGCUGGCAGCGCGACGGGUGUGCAGGCAGUGGAGGACCCUGGUGGAGUAUCUCUCCAAAAAAACGGCGCUGUGGGAAUGGUGCUGCCUUGAAGAAAUUCCGAAAAAAGAGCUGACACAGUAUUUAAUCCACUACAAUAGGGAUGACCCCAGCAUAUGGUUUUUUAUUUAUAAGAACUGGAUGACUUGGCAGAAUAUAGCAGAGGUCGAGUUUGAAAUAGUCCUGAGUCCCGCUGAAAUCCCCAGGAUAACUUGUAUUGACGUUUUUGAGGAGUUCAUUGCUGUGGGGUCGGAGGACGGCAGGGUGCGGAUUUACGACGAGUACUGGAAACCUCUGAUAAUGACGCGCCACCAGGCCGAAAAAGUCGCAAAAGUGACGUUUUUUUACAGUGACUCGAUUUUGAAAAUUGUUACCGCGUACCCGAAAGCACUGAUCGUAGACGACUUGUACGGGGACGGCUACAACCAUUUAAUUAUAGAGGAUGUGAUGUCUCACAGAGUUGGCUCUCACAAUUGCAGCAUUUAUAAAGACUAUAUUUGCUACCAAAAACACGGCGGGCGGCUCACCGUCGAGAAACUAACCAACGCUAACAAUGACAGAUUGUUGGAGGAGACGUGGUUCGCACGGGUUUAUUCGCCCAAAAAUAUCACGUGCAUCAACAUGUGGAACGGCGUAUGUACAGUUCUAGUGAGUAAUGAGGUUAGAAAAGUCGAUUAUGAUUCCAAAAAUAUACUUCCGGCGUCUAUCUACACAGAGAAAUGUCUCCUCAAUUUUAGCAGCAUACCGAAUUCGGUAACGUCGCAGCAAAUCCCGCUUAUUUUACGGGAUGAUAUAAUAAUUGUGUUGUAUAAGUCUGAAAAUUCGGUAGAUAAGGAAUAUAUGGAGGUGAUUAUGUUGGAAGGAGGUGCCAAAUACUCGAAAAAAUUGUUUAACACGACUGAGGUUUUAGAUGGCACGAUUACGUGUAUUUGUUUGUAUGGAAAUACUCUGGUUCUGGGCGUGGAUAGGGGAAUAGUGUAUUUUUACCACGUGCCGUCGUGGAAGCACUUCACCAUCAAAGAAUAUGGUAAAAAAAUCAUCAUCGGGAAACACCCCAUUACAAACAUAGUAGUAAGAGAAACCAAACAACAACGCAAAUUCUAUAUAACUUCUAGUUUCAAUAUUCACGAAGUGAUUGGGUUUUGUUCCAGUUUCUAAACUAAGUUAACCUUUUCCGUACUGCCACUGGGUUUUUAAGUAACCAAUGUGAUGUAAAUUAUAUUUUUAUAUAUUUUCCUUCUAGUCAAUACCUGA